GGCAGUGGCUUCAUCGCUGCCCAUGUGCUUGAAACCCUCCUCUCGCGUGGCCACUCUGUCGUCACGACUGUUAGUUCGCAGCAAGAGGCCGAAGCCACUCUCCAGGCUCAUGGGCAGCUGCCCAGGGAUCGUUUGGACUGUGUUAUUGUCGAGGAUAUAGCUAAGCCUAAUGCCAUCAUGGGAACAACAGGUAUCCUGAAGUCGGUUCAACAGCGUGCCCCAACGGUCAAACGGGUCGUGGUGACCUCUUCAUUCGCCGCAAUCAACAAUGUCUACGCCAAAACAGCAGGGAAAGUAUACUCGGAAGAACGAGUUGCAUGGGAGUUUGUCGAGAAAAAAAUGCUCUCCUUCACCCUUUCAGUGAUCAACCCGCCUCUCCGCAUUCGCGACCUCAUUACCGCUGUGGCCAAGGAGCGCUGUCCGCUGACCGGCAACUACGGCUACGUCGUGCUGGCACAUGUGCUCGCGGUGGAGAAAGAAGAAGCAGGCGGCAAGCGGUUUUUCGCGGUGUCGAGCCACUUCUCCGACAAGACCAUCGCCGACAUCAUCGGCCAAGAAUUCCCCCAAUUUCGGGAUCGACCGCCGACGGGCGAUACCUUGGCUUCGGGUGAUUACCCGGCGGACGGAGUGUAG